AGGCUCCCCCUUUGAAGUCCAAAUACGACACGCUUCGUAUUCUGAAAAAAUACUAUAAAAAUAAGAAACUAACUUCUAGAGAGAGAGAGAAAUCUUGAACCUACCUCGAUCGAGUUUUGGAAUCCCCGAAUUCCUAAAGCAAAAGGAACAGUGUUGAAGGAGGAGAUGGCGAAGAGUUCGUUCAAGCUUGAGCAUGACUUUGAGAAGAGACGGGCUGAAGCGGCGAGAAUCAGGGAUAAGUACCCAGAUAGAAUUCCGGUGAUUGUGGAGAAGGCAGAGAGAAGCGACAUACCAAAUAUUGACAAGAAAAAGUAUCUGGUUCCAGCAGAUUUGACGGUGGGGCAGUUUGUAUAUGUAAUUCGCAAGAGAAUCAAACUAAGCGCAGAGAAGGCUAUUUUCAUCUUUGUAGACAAUGUGCUUCCACCUACAGGGUCCGUGAUGUCAACCAUUUAUGAUGAGAAGAAAGAUGGAGACGGGUUUCUUUAUGUGACCUACAGCGGAGAGAACACAUUCGGAGGGCUUCAGCCUGUGUUUUAGGUUCCCGACAACGGCUGGCGCUAUUGCAAGCUCUCGAUCGCUGCUGUACUCUUUAUUUUCUGCAAAAAUCAGUCUCGCCUCGCGAGCGAGCGAGGCGUCUUGAGAAGCGAUUUGAAGUUGUGUUUGUAGUGUGCGCUUCUGUGUAUAGCUUUUAACUGAAUCAGACGGUUUGGAGAAAACAGUGGAUAUGCUCCAAAUUGUUGAUGUGUGUAUUGGAUCUCAUUUCACACUGAUGCUUGAUGUGCUGGAAUUUGAACAGAACUUUCAGGGACUGGUUGAAUUGAGGACCAUGGGACAAGGUGCUCACACAAAACUGGGGACAUCUAAAUUAAUGGAGACAAAGCCUUGGAUCUACCCUUA